UUAAUCGUCACUAUGCGAUUGUUCCAUGGUUGUUAUAACAACAAUAGAGCGCGAAAUUCCCGUUCGGCGUCGAAUUUUACACAAAUCGUGUCCAAACUUGUUGUGAUUCCGCGUUCACUCAACAAAAACCGACCAAAACAGUGAGAAAAUGUAUCCCAGAUUUCUUAAAAAGGAGUGGGUUUUGCGCGAGAAACGAAACCCAUAAUCGCCAACAAUGCCCAAAACUCGAAAAUCAAGCCGAAACAAGCGAAAGAACGGCGUCAGUUAUUCCACAUCACGGAGCUCUGGGUCAAGCAAGAAUCCGAAAUCCCGAACGAGACACCAAACGCGUAAGAAUGAAAAUCUUGAUAGUAGUAACUCGGAAACGAGUCCGUUUAAGGGGUUUAGUAACCCCAACCCCCAGCAGUCGCCACCAGAACUUGUCCCGGAGUUAGUAAACUUAGAAGCUCAACCGGAGAACAGCAAGGAUGACCUCUUUGACAGUUUGUUGGACGACGAACACAGAAACCACUUUCACGGAACUAGGAAAACCUACAAGAAUAAAAAGAAAGAAAAUCGGGAUAAGGGUUUGCACGAGUUCAGUGAUUGUCAAAACCGCACUAACAUUCUCAAGUGGUUGAACGACACAAGGAAUGUGUUUGACAGGUUGACGCAAACGCAGGUUGACGUUGUCAGCGAUGUCGACACCCAGGUGACGUUUGACAUGCCAUCAGUGUCCCAAAAACCGAGAAAACGGUCAAGUCGCGAGCCGAAAAGUGUGCGUCGAAGCCCCCCUAAAACCCGGGCGAGGUCUCUAGAUAUACACAUUAAAAAAAACGAGGGUAGUGGCAGGAAUGAAAGACACUCUUUAGCUGGAGACACGCCGGGUUUGGAGAACUACCAAAUCGAGGAAGUCAUGACGGAUGAAGACGUCGCCGUUCCUGCCGAGAAGGACGCAAAAAUUAUUAUAGACUUGAUGGAGGAGGAGUAUUUGGAUAACAUCGAGAGGGAGAUGCAGACGGAGAAAAAAAACCAAAGCGGGAAUGGCUGGGGGCGGAUUAAGGACAUGAGUAAGAGUUUGAACAGGCAGCCGAAACAACUCAAGGUUGUUGUCAAAGGUAGUCCAAAGAAAGAGGUUGAUUCGUUAAAUAAUAAUCGCUGCUACGAUUACGACGUUCUAGAGAGUUAUUUUAUUGAGAACAUGGAGAAGUUGAUGAAUGAUGAAAAAACCGGGUUAGUUUCGGGGAAAAAUUUACUACAAGCGGGAAAAGACUUUGUGCAAAUUUUACGAAAGUUUGUUGGUUGUGAAGACCGGGAAAAAUUGAAUGAAUUCAAAUUCGUUGCAGAUGAAUUGAAGACAAUUUUUAACUCAGUUGAAGACGCGUCAACACAAACUUGUGUCAUUUCUGUGGAUAAAAAUACUCAAGUUGGACCCGGUAUGGGGGAUAUGGGGGUACAAACCGAGACAAAUUCGAUUCACAUGGGGGUACAAACUCACGAACCAGUCGUGAAACACCACAAGUUUAUUCAGACUGAAGUCGUUACAAGUAGUGUCGAAAUUCAAACAGUGGAUGAAUCUGACACCAGUAGAAACAUGGUCAAGCGACAAUUCAGUGCGGCCAGUACCACCCCGUCGGAUAUUUUCGUUCUAGACGACGAAGAAAGGCGGGAAAUAAAUGACGCGUUUGAAACUGAGUUUGGAGUUAAAAAUGAACAGGAAAAUCAGCCAAAGUCUGAAGUGUUUGAGGAUGAUAUAGAUUUUGAUUUUAAUACUGAGGAUAUGCUCAAGGGGAGUAAAGCGAGUACUGGGGGAAAUGGGGCGACUGCAGAGUCUGAUUUGGUGGUGUCUGGGCCUAGUACCGAUGGGAAUGUUAAAGGUACUAAAAGAUUUUUGCCUGAAAGUCCGCUUCAUGAUCCGGAUAAGUACCGGUCAAAAAGGCCGUGUGCUCAGUUUAUCAAUGAAGAACUGAGUGUGGCGUUUUCUGAAGAAAUUGUUGAAGAAAGGGGUGUUGAAGUAAAAAAAAGCCAGGUGGUUAUAACGUUGUCAGAUGACAAUGAUAGUGAAUACAACCACUACAUCGACAAAGUCCUCGAAAAAACCAACCCCCCACCACCGCAAGCCCCUGCCAAGACCCGAACCCAAGAACAAAUCGAAGAACUGGAAGAAAUGAUCGCCAACGCUCGAAAAACCACCCGCAAUGUCGAAGACCCCACCGACUACUUCAAACCGUCUUCGUACUUUCCAAACCCCGACAAAACCUCAAAAAACAUUCGAAGGAACCUCUUCGACGCGAAAAACGACCAAACCAAAAUAUCCCCGAGCGUGUUCUCCGAGUCCAUGUUCGCCAGCGAACGAAACGUGACCGUCGUGGCGAACCAAACAUUGACUGAGGAUAACGUCGACAUCGUGAUGAAACAGGUUGACCCCAGCGCGGGUAAAGCCGAAACUUGUGACCUCGACCGAGAGGUGGAGAACAUCAUGAAAGUAAACAUUUUAGAAAACGUGGUCGUGAAAAACGCAGAUAGUAAGAAGGAGGAGGAUUUGAGUCAGUGUAGCGACGUGGAUAUUGUGGAGUCGACGCCGCAGAAGAUCAGGUUUCCGAGUUUUAGUAGUGAGAGAGAGGAGUCGGCGCUUGAUGUAACUCUACCUCCACCUAUAGAGUUUCAAGACAGUGAGAAACACCACGUUCGGAAAAGUGAUGACGUAAGUCAGGUGUUUAGUCCACCACGGCGCCCUCUCGCGAUUAUUAACAAAAUCACCAGCACCCCCGUGUCGCAAAGACAAGACAGCGAGAACAUCAGCCUUUCGCCGAUUUCGUGCCACGGAAACAACUGCAAAACGUUGCCGAAGACGCCGCACGAAGAACACAAAAAGGUGCGUUUCUCGCCGAUUCAACAAACUAAUAAGUCGUCGAAUCGUGAAAAUCGACGGACUCUCGGUCCGUACGAACUAGCGCAACAACAAUUCAGCAAGUUUUGCCCACUCACGAUUAUCAAAAAACCGCUAUCUCAGGGUAAUUCCACCCCCAAGCAGAAAAGUAUUUUGACGUACGUCCGACCAUCGCAGGACAGUCCGAAGUCCCACAAAUCGGCUUCUUUCGAAGGGUUGGGUCACCGCAAACCCUGCAUUGCUUGUAGUAGAGUUAGUAAGGAACAAGUGAUUGCGAUUUCGUCCCUGACGAACAAAAAACUAGCCAGUUAUAGCACGAGUUUCACCCCGAAAGUGACUCACUUGAUUGUGGCGACCAACGACAAAAAUUGUUUGAAGGAUCACACGAUCAAGUUCGUCUCGGCUGUCGCCUCGGGUGCGUGGGUGCUGAAUUUCGGGUGGGUGCAGCAGUGUCUGGCCAAAAACGCGUUAGUGCCUGAGGAACCGUUCGAAGUUCUGGACGUUUCUGGAGCGCCGGGACCCCAGAGGUCGCGCUUGAACCGGUCAACGAAGCCCCUGUUCAAGGGGUACAAAAUCCACGCAGCUGCGCCAUUUGCGUCGACCACUCAACAAGAGGUCGAGAGUGUGGUUAGGUUGCUGGGGGGGAAAGUGGUGCCAUCGCCUGAGCAUUUGUUGGAUAAGCACGGGUUUGUGUGUGUGAUAGUCACGGAGGCGAGGGCCACCCAGGAUUUCGAGCUUUACGAAACGUGGUUGGAGGCUUUGAAGGUCGUCACCGUGGACAUAGAGUGGCUGAGCAGGUCCGUGGGGCAGUAUAACCUUCUGAGUCUGCGCCCUUUCACGCUGUGCUCGGACGACACGAUCGACAACCUGGGGUACCCGCCGGAGUUGACGGCCAACAUGACGUAUUCGUUCUCGCAACAAACCUUCAGCAGUGUGCCAAGCUCAACGUAAUCUUAAGCAGAAAAUAUUUAUUUUUGUACAGUUGUGAUGCUUUAUUGAAGUUAUUUUUUCACA